GCACAAAAGGCGACCAGGAAACAGAUUUUGGUAACAAGUGAUGGAUGGAUGUACUGUCUUCCGCUUGGUGGGUGUUAAGGAAGGAUCUGGUGCUCCGAAUAAACUGCUUCAAGUGUAGCAAUCAUAUGUGCUUGAAGGAUGUUUGACUUCAGCACAUUGCGCUUUACUGAAUUAAGGAUUUGGUCAUCAUUAGUAUGCACUCUGUCAUUAUAUACAUUCUUUGCCCUCUUCGUUUAUUUAAUCUAUCAGUGCCUUACUUCACACUAUUUUUUUCAGCUCCGUUCAACAUUUGGAAGAGAUUUAUGUGGUUUGAUAUUACUGAUCAGGUUAAGAUGGAAUAUUUGGAAACAUAUGAAAACUAAUGAGCCGUUACAUCAAAUAUUUUUGCGGAAUGUCAAAAAUUAUGGAGAUAAGGAGGCGCUGGUUGAAGUGGAUACAGGCAGGAGGUUCACGUUCCGUGAAAUGAAUCAACUGUGCAAUCAAUAUGCGAACUAUUUUCAGUCACAAGGUUAUAAAAAUGGUGAUGUGAUAGCAUUGUUUCUUGAAAAUUGUGCUGAUUUUCCCGCCAUCUGGCUCGGAUUAAGUAAGAUAGGUGUUGUCACUUCGUGGGUGAAUAUAAAUCUCAAGGCGGAACCACUUGCUCAUUCAAUCAGCAUUUCGAAGUCAAGGUCUGUUAUCACCAGCAGUGCACUUUUUCCUGCACUAGAAGAUAUAUUUUCAUCCGGGAAAUUAAAACAAAUGAAAGUUUAUGUCAUAGAUGAUAUCAGUAAUACUGAAAAUGGCAUCUUAUCAUUGGCUACGAAAAUUCCUUCAAUUUCCUCCGAGGAACCAAUCGCAAAUGAAAAACCAACAUUCAAAUCAGUACUCUGCUAUAUAUUCACAUCAGGAACAACAGGGAAUCCUAAGCCGGCACUCAUAAAGCAUUACCGGUACUACUGGAUGGCGAUAGGUGUAGCCAAGUCCUUUGGGAUCUUUACAACAGAUCGUUUGUAUGUAAUGAUGCCAGUUUAUCACAGCGCUGGAGGAAUCCUUGGUAUCGGACAGAUGGUGCUACAAGGUAGCACAUGUGUGAUCAAGAAGAAAUUCUCUGCAAGCAAUUUUUGGAAAGAUUGUGUCAAAUAUAAUUGUAAUGUCAGUCAGUAUAUCGGUGAAAUUUGCAGAUAUCUUUUAGCUCAAAAGGAUAUUGUGGAAGCGAAGAGACACAAAAUACGUCUUAUGUUUGGUAAUGGUUUACGUGCAGAAAUUUGGUUAGAAUUCGUGAAUCGUUUUGGUAUCCAGAAAAUUGGUGAACUUUACGGUAGUACAGAAGGCAAUUCAAGCAUUGUGAAUAUAGAUAAUCGUGUCGGCUCAUGUGGUUUUAUUCCGGUGCAUCCUUUUGUGAAGUACUUAUAUCCUGUGCGUUUACUCAAAGUUAACGAUGAUACCGGUGAAUUAAUCCGUACAAAAGAUGGGUUUUGUGUGCCGUGUAAACCUGGUGAAACUGGUGAAAUGGUCGGUGUCAUUAUGAAAGAUGAACCUUUACUUAGCUUUGAAGGGUAUUUGGACGAGAAAGAUACUGGAAAGAAGAUAAUAAGGAAUGUUUUACGCAAAGGUGAUGCUGUUUUUACCUCAGGCGAUAUUAUAUAUUGGGAUGAUCUAGGAUAUUUAUAUUUCAAAGAUCGAAAAGGCGACACUUACAGAUGGAAAGGGGAAAAUGUUAGUACUACGGAGGUGGAAGGCAUUUUACAACUUCUGAAAUGUGUAACGGAUGUUGUUGUUUAUAGUGUCGAAAUACCGAAUAGAGAAGGUCGUGCUGGUAUGGCUGCCAUCGUUUUAGCAGAGGACGAAUUUUUAAAAGACGUGAUAUGGAAAAUAACCGAUCAUCUUAAGAACAGUCUUCCAUCCUAUGCUAUUCCUAUUUUUUUACGCUUCUGCAAAGAUUUCGAACGAACAGGUACUUAUAAGCUGAAAAAAAUGAGUCUGCAGAAAGAAGGAUACGAUUUAUCACGUAUCAAGAAUGAGAUAUUUAUUUGGGAUUCCUCCAUCAAAUCCUAUAAGAUAUUCGAUAAAAGAUUGCAGUGCCAAUUGGACAAUGGUACUUACUUGGGCAUCUAAUUCGUCAAAAAUGUUUUAAUCGACAUUUGUAUAGUUUGUUUCAUCGUUAACGUACCAAUUCUUCGGGAAACUGACGCGCUAUGAUUUAACUGCCAGAAAUCUAUACUGACACCGAUUUCUUUGUAAUUUAAUUAUUUGUCUCACAAAAUGUUCAUUUUUCUUGUUCUGUUCAUCCCCUCACUUUUACAGCGUUUAAAUUCUACAACUUCAUUUUACAAUACGGAUAUAAAUAAUCUUAUGACACCGGUAAGGGAGUAUAGCGAUGACGCUGUAGUGAA